CGCCAAAAUCGGAAAUCAAUGGUCCAAUUUUAAUGAGAUUUAGAAAAAUCAACGGCCCAAUUUUUGAGCCAGGAUUGAAUGAUCCGACAAUCUAAUGUCACUACAACUGUCAAAAUCUGGCCGUCCAUAUAAUAAAUCACAAUAUCCAUUUUUUUCGGAUGACAACUUCCGAUCCGAAACUCACGUCUGCAACUUCCGAUCCGAAAACGAGAAAAGGAAAAAUGAAGAGAAGUCAUGCAAAUCAUCGCAUCUUCUUGCUCUUCUUCUCAGUAAGAGCCUAGGGUUUCGAUCGCUUGGGUGGCCAUCUCCUCUUUCAGAUCUGACGAAAGCACAUGUUUUUUCAAUGAGAAUUGGGUAUCCGAACAUGUGGGACUAAGACCAGAGGGAAGUGCUAAAUAUCUAUUAUGAAACAUUUGAUUUAGAACAUUAACAUAUUAAUUAAUUAUUAUAUACUCCGUACAUAGAUCUUGCACAUCUUCUAUAUGAAGAAAAGUCACAGAACACUACUACCUUGUGGUAGUUUUUAACUACUCCGUAUUUCUUUGCCUCGAUGAAGAAAACCUGCAUCUGGAACAAAUUGGUUAAUCAAUCUCUGACCACACAACUCAAUGCCCAAUCCACAUGAUGAAGAAGAUUAUUCCUUCGUUCCUAACUAUUGCCUCCUCGCCGUCUCUCUCCGCCGCCAAGGGCGUGUUUGAGUUUUAGGGGAAGAGGGUCCCUGGAUCGACUGCGGAGCUUCUUUGUAAAUUCCAGAAAGGAGAUGUGGGGGAGAUGAGUUUGGCUAUGGGGAAAGGUUUUGGAGAUUGAUCUGAUUCUGUCCAAGAAGUAUCAGUCCGUCCUGAUUUUUGGCACUAGGUCUAGAAUAAGAUUGUCCAUGUACGGCAAGGAUCUGAAAAUGCAAACUAUGCCUGAAGACAUGUACUAAAGAUAAUAACAAAUGAGAUUUGGCUCAAUUCCAUCCCCAUAUAAAAAUGAUGAUCAAUCACAAACUAUUUCCAUUUUAAACAUCAAAAGUAAUUGUAAUUUUUAUUGCACCCUUUGUUCCAAUUUAAAUUACGUUUUUUGGUUUAUGAU